AGAGGAUUAGUCGGGAAUGUGUUGCGCGUACAAGCCGACUUCCAGCAAUGUAAAUAUACUAUUAAACAAAAAAAAAAUGAAGGCGACGCUGUCGCUGUUAAAGGUGUCUAAUGGUAAUAAGCUAACUCUAGGUAGCAGUCGAAGCUAGGUAGCUAGUUAGCUAGUUUUCAAGCUAACCAGCUAACCAGCUACCUCACUAGCAAGAUUCCCGGAGUGAGGAGCCCGUUCGCAUUUCACCGUUGGUAGAAAACAAUGGAGUCAGAAAUUGAGCAGCAGGAGGGAGAGACUACGUUCAGCAACACUGAUACUAACGGUAAACGCCCAGCUGAAGACAUGGAUGAGGAACAGGCCUUCAAGCGGUCCCGCAACACGGAUGAAAUGGUGGAGCUUCGUGUGCUGCUGCAAAGCAAGAAUGCAGGAGCUGUGAUCGGCAAAGGUGGCAAGAACAUCAAAGCCUUGCGUACAGACUACAAUGCCAGUGUAUCAGUCCCUGACAGCAGUGGCCCAGAGCGCAUCCUGAGUGUAAGUGCAGAUAUCGAAACCAUCGGUGAAAUUCUCCUGAAGAUCAUCCCUACUUUGGAGGAGUACCAGCAUUACAAUGGCAUUGACUUUGACUGUGAGCUUCGCCUGCUAAUCCACCAGAGUCUGGCUGGAGGCAUCAUCGGGGUCAAAGGUGCCAAAAUUAAGGAGCUUAGGGAGAACACCCAGACCACAAUCAAGCUCUUCCAGGAAUGUUGCCCUCAUUCCACCGACCGCGUGGUUCUGGUGGGAGGGAAACCGGAGCGUGUGGUAGAGUGCAUCAAAGUCAUCCUGGAGCUGACCUCUGAGGCUCCGAUUAAGGGCCGUGCCCAGCCCUACGACCCCAACUUCUACGACGAGACCUACGACUACGGCGGCUUUACCAUGAUGUUUGAGGAGCGCGGCCGCAGGCCCAUGGGGGGAUUCCCCAUGCGUGGGCGGGGGGGCUUUGAGCGGAUGCCACCAGGCGGCCGUGGGGGUCGUCCCAUGCCUCCAUCCAGGAGGGACUACGAUGACAUGAGCCCCCGCCGCGGUCCACCACCACCUCCACCCGGCAGGGGGGGACGCGGGGGCAGCAGGGCCCGUAACCUGCCCCUUCCCCCACCGCCGCCACCUAGAGGAGGAGGUGACAGGUUUUCACACCAGAGCUAUCACGGCAAUAUGGAUGACCGACCAAACGACAGAAGAGGACGGCCAGGAGAUCGCUAUGACAGCAUGAGUGGAGGCUAUGACAAUAAUUCCUCUUGGGAGCCCUUCCAGUCAGGUGGCCGGGGAUCAUACAGUGACAUUGGGGGACCAGUCAUCACAACACAAGUCACCAUCCCCAAAGAUCUGGCUGGCUCCAUCAUUGGUAAGGGUGGUCAGAGGAUCAAACAGAUCCGCCAUGAGUCGGGAGCGUCCAUCAAGAUUGACGAGCCUCUUGAGGGUUCUGAGGACCGCAUCAUCACAAUCACGGGCACACAGGAUCAGAUUCAGAACGCACAGUACCUACUGCAGAACAGCGUGAAGCAGUACUCUGGCCGCUUCUUCUAGACGACUACAGAAACCCCAAGCCAAACUGCCAUGAGCCCCCCCAAUCCCAACCCCCCCUUCCUGUUUCAGACCCGCUUCUUUUCAAAGCCGACAUUCCUCUCUGCUUCUCUGGGUAGACGUGCUCCCCCUGACUUCAUUUAUUCAUUCAGUCAUCCUAUCGUUUUUAUUAAAGAAAAGAAGCUAAAAAGUAAAAAAAAAAAAAAACAACAAAAAAAGAGAGAGAAAAGAGAUACUGCUACAUGUAAAAUGUCUGGAUAUCUUUUAAAAGGCAGCAGAAUGAGGUGGUUUUUUUUUUUUCUUUCUGGUAUUAGUUUCUCUUUCUUUUGAUUUCUCUUUGUCUUUCUGCUUGUAAUGUGGAGGGAGCUCACAUGUUUGUCCAAGUUUGUUUUGGCCUUACCAGAGCUGCAUGCAGUGUUUGUUGCAACCAUGCAGAAUGUAAUCUUGUUUUGUAACAUUUUUAUUUAAAAAAAAUAAAUGAAAAAGAUUUUUUUUUUUUUGCCAUUUUAUCUUUCUUUUGGUUUUUCAGUUGAAGGAAUAGAAGAUAAGUUUUAAAAAAAAAUGUAAAUAUACAUGGAUUGUUUGGUAAGAGUUUAAAUAUCAGUACAGUUUUUAUUUUGAGAAAUUUUCAUCUAUAAUUAAUUGGCUGAAGAGGGAGCUUGAGGGUGGAAUGGGGUGUAUUUUUCUGUCCUCUGUAUCGUUUUCUAAAAACAAAAAACAAAACAAAAACCCCACCUGAUUCUCUACGCUGUAAAGCCACUCUGGGGAAAAGAGUUUAGGGGAGGGACAGACUGACCAUUUCUACUUCACAUCAAUGUUGGGAUCCCUCUAGCCUUGACGACGCUUGUGUUUUUCUACGUCUUGUUCGUAAGCGUUUUUAACAUUUUAGAUGGGGAUCUUUCCUGACUCCAGUCAAGAUUGGGGGGCAAAAAAAGAUUAGGCUUUUCUAUGUAGCUGCGUAGCAUGUCCCCCCCCCUCCUCGUCCUCUUCAGUACUCAUGUGUCUGUCUCCGUCUCUUAAUCGCUAUCUCUGCCCCUUUGGUUUCUCUGUAGAAUGUGCUGCAAGUAUUGAGUAAUAAAGUCUGUGCCACCUUUUACUAAUA